AUGGCAACGUGUUACGUGAAUCGCAAGACUUUUGAGAAAUCCCUCCUGCGUGUUCGGAAACAGGAGAAAGUGAAUGUUGAAAGCCUGGAUGCGCGGCCCAGGUUCACAUUUGAAGACUUCGAGGCGGAUGUGAGUGGAGACGAUUCCAAGUGCGAUUGGUCGCGAUGCGAGUUACCGGAGCCUUUGCAGUCGUGGAACGCAGAUGACAUCACGGCGGCGGCGCCGGAAUUCGGCGCCCUGCCCGGCGUCUCCUGGUCUUUGCAACGACGGCCGGUGACGUGUUUGAAGCGGCGCCGAAACCGGAAUAAAGCUCAGGGGCGGCUGUUCGUCGUGUACGAUUGCUACCCUGUUUUGCUGCUUCCCGUCGACACGGUCGUGGCGCCCAAGUGA